AUGAAUAAAAUCAAAGAAUAUCAAAAUAAAAACGAAUCAACAAAAGAAGAACAUGAAUCGCGGCGAAGAGCAGAACAAAAAAGGCAACAACAGAAAACAUCAUCAUUACACACAUCACAUCACGAAGCGAAAAUCCCAUUCAUUUUCGACCCGAAACGCGUUGUUUUUGGCCUCACGAGACAAGAUGAAAAAAAAGGAAAAAAGGGUCGAAAAUACACGAGGACACAAUUUACACAUGAUGCCCUAUCGGGACACGUUCAUAAAACAGCGAUAGCGUUUUGUGUAAAAAAGGAAAUAAUGAAAGAAAAGCCAGAAAUUAUCGAUUUAUGGAGCGUUAUAAAACAUCCGUUUUUCUAUGUGCCCACACCAACCAUUUUGCUCCUUUCUAAUGAAUAUUUUGGUAUGUAUCAUCUCAUGAAAGACGAGAGUGAGAGGAAAAAGAGAAGAAAGACACAAAAAGGAAAUGGUUUCAUGGUCGGAUGA